GCAAUUGUAUAGUCAAGUCGUGUUGAUCGGUUUGUGAAGGGAAAUUCGUGCUAGGCUGACAGCUGCUACAAGACAGGCAAGCGGAAAUGCCCCCAUCGAUGCCUUGAUAAACACCUGGUGAAAUUAAUGGCUCGAUAUGCUCGCUCAACGGUACUGGACUGCUUGCCGUUCAUUGUGGACACCUGGACGCCGACUAGCAGCGCAUCGGGCAAGCCGCAUUUCCUUACGCAUGCUCACAAGGUAAUACACUGUCAUUACGCUCAGACUAUGACAGGGUCCGGCGGUGGCUCUCGUCGGACUCAGCUCGGUUUCAAGUAUCCAUGACCAACUCGCCGAGCAUGCCCGUGCGACCCUCUACGAGCGUACCCUCGCAAACCUGGCAAAGCUGUCUGGAAGAUACUUGGCCUUUGAUAUAUCACAGGAUCAUACCGAUGGCAUCGAGGCCAUGUCGGUGGACGUCUACUGCACCGACCUCACCCGCCGACUGUUGCUGCUGCGCUGCCCUGGCGCCCAACAAGCGGGGCCCCACAAUGCGGGACAGGGCAACCGCUUCCACACGCUGGAGCUCGGUGUCCGGACGAAGGUGUCGUACGGCGGCACGACUUUCGACGUGACGGCGCUGGACGCCAACCACUGCCCCGGCAGCGCCAUGUUCCUGUUCCAGGGCGCGUUCGGGAACAUCCUGCACACGGGCGACUGCAGGUUCACGGACGAUGUGGUGAGGUCGGUGCGGCAGGCGCUGGGCCGCAGCCACGAGCACGGCUGGGGCGGCGAGGGCGGCGGCGGGGUCGGUCCUGUGGCAGGCGGCGCAGGAGCGGUGGCGAGCGGAGCAGCAGCAGCGCCGCUUGACUGCACGAUAGACGCAGAUGGCGGCGAGGCGGGCGGUGAUAGUGGUGGUGGUGGUGGUGGUGACCAGGAGCGGCUGGACCUGGUUUACCUUGACUGCACAUUUGCCGACCUGCCGCUGGACUUCCCAACCCGCGAGGAUGCCGUGCGUCAGGCGGGGCAACUCAUCCGCCGCUGGGCCGCCACCACCACCAACGCCGCUGCCGCCGCCUCCUCCUCCGGCCCCCGCCCGCACGUGUACCUGGCCGCCGACAUGCUGGGGCAGGAGCCGCUGCUGGCGCUGGUGGGGGCGGAGUUCGGCCAGCCCGUGUACGUGCCGCCGCCGGAGCGGCACAGGGAGUACGGCUUUGACAACGCCGACCUGCUGCGAGAGCGCCGCGACGCGCUGGCGGCCCUGCGGCGCCACCCCGACCUGGCGGCGGCCCUGACCCUGUCCGACGACCCCGCCUGCCUCUUCCACCUGUGCGGCGUGCGCAACUUCGCGCAGCGCGGCGGCAGCAAGGGCGCCGGCCGUACCGGCAGCGGAAGUGGAAGUGGAAGCGGAAGCGGCAGCCUGCGAAGGAGCGGCAGUAGAGCUGGGGCCGGGGUUGCAGCUACGGCUCCGUCUGCCAAGCUCAGCAGCAGCCUGGGUAGCGGUGAUGCUGGUGCAGUGCUGCCUGACCCAGAUGGUGGUGGGGUCAGAGAGGGCGGCGGCGCGGCGGAUGCGCCGGCCGAGCUGGCGAGGGGAGAUGAAGCGGCGGGGACGAAGGGAGACGAAGAGACGGGAGCUGCCGGGCCCUGCCUGUACAUACGGGCAUCCACGCAGGCCUUCGCGCAGCAGGUCCGAGCCCAGUACAGCAAGCAGGGCCAGAUGCUGACAGUCCGCGCCGCGCACCCCGCACCCACAGCGGCCAUCCAGGAGCGCUCGGUGCACUACGUGCUCUUCAGCCAGCACAGCAGCCGCGGCGAGCUGGCGGCGGCGCUGGAGGCGCUGCGGCCGCGGGCGGUGCGGCCCAUCAACCAGGACCAGAUCGGCUGCAUGGCAGCGGUGGUGGCGGAGCGCGCCGGACCCGACCCGCCGGAGCGCGUGGAGGCGGAGAUCGAGGCGCGGCUACGUUGGGCAGCUGAAGCGGCGGUGGCGGCGGCUCCUGGCCGGUCAGCAGGGAGGGCGGCUGCGGACGCUGACAGCUGGGACUGGGACGAGGAGGAGGAGGAGGCAGAGCAUGUGAACGAGGGUCGUGCGCUAGAGCUGGGAAAGGGGCAGGAUGCGCGCCAGGCCCUUCCCGGUCACGCUGGUCCCAUCGUGGAUGCCGUGGCGACGGUGACGUUCGGAGCUGAUGUCGCCGCCAGGGCGCACGGGUCCCUUCCAAAGGACGAAAGCCAGCAGCCCCAGCUUCGCCCGCCGCUUCCGCCUGCGCCACAUGUGGCCAUUGCCGGGCCCGAUGGCGGCGGCCUGCGGGACGUGAGCGCUCUGGAGCGUCGGCGCGUGCUGCUGCAGCGGCUGGGCUUUCCACUGUGCCUUGGCAGCGGCAGUGGUGGCGCGGGCUCAGGCGGAGAAGGCGGGGCCUCUGCCAUUGCGCUGGCUUACGCGCACGCCUUGCGUGACGCGAUUGCGUCGGCCGACGUGGAGGCUGUGUCCGCGCGGCGGCGCCAGCAGCAGGAGCAGGCGGGGUGGCUAGUUGCUGCAGGCGGCGGCGGGGGCGGCACGUGGCGCCGGUGUGCGACGCUGACGUGCAUGUGCGCCUCAGCUACCGCCCGGCUGCGCGCGCAGGGCUGCCGCUGCUGCGCUGGCGAUGGCGCCGAGCUGCCGGCGCCGCCGGCGGCUGCAGCGGCGGACGAGUUGGCGCGCAGCCCGCCCCCGCGUGUGGCAACGCUGAGUGGCCUGAUGUGGACGGCGCGAGCGGCGACAGACCGCGCGGGCGCAUCAGCCGCUGAGGGGGCAGCUGGCCAGGGUAAGGCCGGGGCGACGGCUGGCGCACAAGAGCUGCGUGGAGCUGGGGCCGGGCCGGGUGCGCAGAGCGACGGCCCCGGGCCUGUGCCAGCGCUGCCAGCCGACGGGCUGCAGGCGCCGCAGCCGGCCCUGCGCUCGCCGCUACGGCCCAUCCAGCCGAUGACCGCGCCUGGCGCAGGCGUGUCAAAACAAGGCGAAAAGCAGCAGCAGCCGCAGGGGCAGGGGAAGGCGCAACGGCCAGCAGGUGACAAGGCUGCGCCGCUACCGGGGGGCCGGCCCGCCGACCAGGCAGGCAGCGCGGCCCAAGCCACUUGCGCGCCAGCGCGCAGUCGCGCCGCUCCGCCUGGCGCCGCUGUGCCCCCCAGGGCCAGCUGCUUGCUGUCCCUCAUCCUGCAGGCCGACAGCCCGCUGUCCGCCGACCCGCCCUCACCGCGCUCGCCGCCGCACCGACGCGGGCACGGGCGCGGGUACCACGUGCACCAGCAGCACGGAGCGGGCGGCCGGGCCGGGCCGGGUGCGGCGCCUAGACCGCAGCGACCCUGUGACGUGGCUGCGGGCGUGACGCCGCCGCCCCACGCAAGCCCGCGGAUGGGGGCAUCAAGCGGGGGCGGCAGCGGCAGUGGAGGAGAGGCAAGCGCUGGGCAGCGGGCGUCAGGCCGCAGGCGGCUGUCAGGAUUCAUUGGGUUAUUCACCACCCCCGACAGCCCCGAGCCCGGCAGUGAGCACCAGCGCGGCUGGCGCCAGUCGCCGGCCAGGGCGCUGCUGGACCUGCCAUCUCCAGGCGACUGUGGGCCGGAGCAGCAGCCGACACCGCAGCGACGGCAGGCGUGUGGCUGGGACCUGUGCGCCCAGGGGCCGGGCUCGGCGGAGGAUCUGCGUGACGCCAGUGCUGUGGCGGAUCAGGAGCAAGUGCCACCCUGCUCCAAGCGGGACUGGGCAGCAACAGCAAUGGAAACAGCAACCGGCGACUGCAGUGGCCUGAUCGCGCCUCUGCGGUCGGAGCAACACGGCGGGCGCUGCAGCAGCGACAUGCGCGGCGGCAAGCGGCCGCGGCUGCCGCCCGUCACAGCCGCUGGCUCAGGCGUCGCCGCUGGCGCCGCAGCGGCCAACCCGACCGCCAGCUUCUAUCUGGCAGGUCUGCUGGCCAGCAGUAGUGACGAGGAUGAGUAGCCGGCAGGCAGAGGCGGGAGCUGGGCUUGUGUGGCGGCUGGGCAGAUGCCAGAGGAAUACCUCGCAUGAGUGCGGGCCAGGCAUGCGGGGCCCUGGUGCGGGCACUGAGUGGGGGCGAUUGGGACUGUUUGGGGACUGAGAUGGGUCCAUGGGUGCUGGUGAUCUAGGUGUUUGCAGGAGGGCCAGACGGCAGGAUGGGGUGGGCAUUGUGCCGGGCUAUGUGUGUGUGCGUCUGCGCGUCUCGCAGCAUGCGUGCAUGUACGCAGGGUGCGCGUGGGUAGGCGUGGAACACUCUGGUGAGCGGCGGAUGAUAAAGCAUGUUUGGCAAUGCACUGGCAGCGCGCAGUGAACACCGUUCAGCUGACAUGUUGCCAGUAGUGUGUGCUAGUGAGGGGGUUGGGGUUUCCCUGUUUGGCUUCCUGGCACGGGGUGAUCGGACACACAGAGUGCACGCGUGGGCUGCACGCCUGCCGGCACCACGCACCCCUCGCACACAUCCAGGGGAGAGCCGCGUUCACGCGCGCUGUCGGCACCAGCGGAGGAUCGGUUUACGGUGCAGCGUGCGCUUGUAGUUCUAUGCUCCAACUAGUGGUGCAGCACGUUUGUCCACAUCGGUGUUUGGUGAGGGGGCUGGGCCCUUUCGAGUACCUUUCGGUUGGGACUUGGGAACUCAAGGAGUGCCAAUAGGCUCAUUGGUUCUGCCUCACGAGGUAAACGCCCUAUCUUCCCGCUGGCCAAGCCCAACUUCCGCGCUCAGGCGAUCAACGCCUUUUCAAUCGCUGGUUUGCUUAGCGAAGCCGGAAGACAUAAGGAGCCGAUUGUGGCGCAGGUACGCCGGUUUCAUAUUACGUCAAUGAAGGAUUGUUGGAGCUGCGCGAACUGAGAUGAGCGGCGCCGUGUCAGUCAGGGGGCAGUUGCGUCACGACUUCAACUCCUGAUACAUCUUCGUGUACACAGCCGCUUUGGCCCCAAGCUUUCUAUCAAACAAUACGGGCUAAUACAUGGUAUUGUUUCCAUUUACUUGGAGAGAGUGUCGACGUCCCUGGGCAAAGUGCAUGAGCAUGGGAUGCUCGACUGCAUGCAGCGCGAAUUCGAUAAAUG